AUGACAGACAGAGUUUACCCUUCUACUAAACCAGCCACAAAUGGCGCAGCAGCCACCAACCCUUCCUUUCCAGCGACCAAAGCCCAACUCUAUGGUGCCUCCCGCCCCGCCUACCGUCCCCAACCCAACCGUAAACGCAGCCGCAGUUGCUGCUGUGCCUGUUUUUUAUGGACAACAGUGGUCAUCUUCACUCUCAUAGUCCUUGUGGCCAUAGCCGGAGCCAUUAUCUACGUCCUCUACCGACCCCACCGCCCUACCUUCGACGUCUCCGGCUUCAAAAUCUCCUCUCUCAACCUUACCUCGAAUUCCCAUCUCACUACCAACAUCAACCUCAACAUCACCACUAGAAACCCUAAUAAAAAACUUGUCUAUACAUAUAACCCCAUCACUAUUUCUGUGACUACAGAGAAAGAUGAUAUCGCUGUAGGCAGUGGUUUCUUCCCCUCAUUUGUGCAUGGCACCAAGAACACAACCUUCUUGAGAGCUGCCAUCACAAGCAGUGGCGUACAGCUGGAUGAUGCAUCUGCUGGUAAGUUAAAGAGUGAUUUGAAGAGCAAGAAUGGUGUGGCUUUGAAGUUAGAGCUGGAGACCAAAGUGAAAGUCAAGAUGGGAGGGUUAAAGACUCCAAAAGCUAGAAUUAGGGUCACUUGUCGAGGGAUUAAGGCUACUGUUCCAUCUGGGAAACAAGCAACAAAAGCAUCUGUAUCAGAUGCUAAGUGCAAGGUUGAUUUGAGGAUCAAGAUCUGGAAGUGGAAUUUCUAA